AUGGGAUGGAUGUCAUGGGCGACAUUCCUCUGCCAAACUGACUGUGAGAAAUACCCUGAUGAUUGCAUUAAUGAGAAACUCUACCAAGACAUGGCCGAUAGAUUAGCUGAGGACGGAUUCCUAGAUGCUGGUUACAAUCGUGUUCAUAUUGAUGACUGUUGGAUGGAAAGAUCUAGAGACAAGCAUGGACGAUUGGUUGCUGACCGUAAACGAUUUCCUGGUGGAAUGAAAAAGCUUGCCAAAUAUAUGCAUGAUAGGAACCUUGAACUUGGCAUUUACGAGAAUUUGGGGACGACAACUUGUGAAGGAUACCCAGGAAGCCUGAACCAUAUCAAUACCGACGCCAAAACCUUUGCUUCCUGGGAUGUGGAUUACUUGAAACUAGAUGGAUGCUACGUAGACACAGCUCUCUUGCCCUCUGGUUACCGAAAAAUGGAACGCGCAUUGAACCGUACCGGGCGUCCUAUUGUUUACGCUUGUGGUUGGCCAUACUACUUCUACAAAGAGGGAAAAGAAGCUCAGGUGAAUUACGACAAGGUACGAGCGGCUUGUAACUCUUGGCGUAUCUAUCACGAUGUACUUGGAUCAUGGGAAUCGAUUGCUAAUAUAAUUCGCUUUGUUGAUGAAAAUCAGGAUGUUCUCGCUUCUGCACAAAAGCCUGGUGGUUGGAAUGAUCCAGACAUGCUUGUAGUUGGUCUACCAAAUGUUACUAUCGACCAAGCUAUGCUUCAAAUGACGCUAUGGUCCAUGUGGUCUGCACCGCUAAUUAUGUCCAAUGACCUUAGAAAGUUGAAACCAGAAUUCAAAAAGAUACUUCUCAAUCGCGAUGUAAUCGCUAUAGAUCAAGAUCCAAUGGGUCUCAUGGGAAAAUUGGUCAAAAACAGCAAGUCCGUCGGCAUCUACUUAAAGCCAGUGACACCCGCACAAGGUUGGAGAACCUCGUAUGCUCUUGCUGUGGUCAACAAAAACGAAAUAGAAGUCAAGACGGUUCAGUUCACACUGCGCUCGCUUGGAAUUCCUAAAGAAGAGUCCUAUAUAGUUCGAGAUCUCUGGACACGUGAAGACAACAGCAAUGUGACAACAUCGUACAGCUUUGAAUUCACACUACGACCCACAUCAGCGGUAAUGCUCAAGCUGACUCUUGUUUGACGCAGUAUGUGCGAUGCAAAUAAAGCAAUUCAUAAUAACAUUUUGGGGCAAUAA